CGCAUCGUAUCGAUUGCCUUGCGUGCCAUGGAUCUACGGGGCCAUGUUCCCUGCCCGGGUCAAUAUCGUCUUUGGUCGGCGCUGGGCCUUGACCAAAAAAAAGCAUGGUAACUGCCCAGCAGACAUAGAUCACAUCUCCGAGGUGCAGAAGGAAGACCAGUUCCGGAGGAACUGUGACUACAGAUGGCUGAUCCAAAGUGACAGCAGGCUGGAGGGCGUGCUCAUUCGCAAUGACCACCAUCCCCGACGGGCACUCUCAGGUGGCAUUCCCUUGAGGCUGGAGAGCGCCAGCAAGUCGGAUGCCAACCAGAGAUGGACGCUUUGUUUUGCCAACGGCUCGCCGGGGCUCCAGCAGCCCUUCCAGAUCAAGAGCGUUCGUAGCGGCAUGUACCUGGUGGUGGAUGAAGGUGCCCGGCUCGUGACCUUGCAAAAGGAUGCUCCAGAGCAGCAGUGGCAGCUGCAUGAUGCGACUCGGAACGCAGUCCCUGCCUUCAUCCCAGGGAAGGUGUCGCCCAGGUCGGUCGUUGAGGAGCUGCAGCUGGAGGCCUUCGACGGGGAUGCCGCCAGCGCCUUCUCGGCGCCGCAAAGCAGCCCUUUGGGCAGCUUCAGCUCGGCUGGACCUCUCCCAGCACCUGGCCCGGACUUCUCCCCGGUGGCAAAGCUCUUCGGGGAGGUGGUCCUCAGUAACGCCCUGGAGCCAGAUCCUUCGAGUUUGUUCGGAUUAUUGCAAGGAGGUGAGCAAAAUGCCGGACAAAACGCAUUUGACCGUCUUGUGCAACAGGGACAGCCCAAGGAAUUAUACAUAAAAAGAGCAGGAGGCUUGAGUGAGGCCGGCAGAAACAGCUCUGGCCCAAGAGACUGGGGAGUGAAAACUCACUUUGACCCCAGGGUGCUGCCUGGACAUGGAUGGGCUCCGCUGCAGGUGCUGAACCGGAUUUGGGGCCGCGGAAGCUCCUUCAUGCAUCGUUACCAGGCGAGAAGGAACGGCCGCGACGUUGUGUGGUCGGGUCUAGACUUCCGCGAAGAGAGGCCUUGGCAGGCCUGCGGAGAACUCAAGUGCCAAGUCAACGUCCCGGUGCUGGGAUGGAGGCCGUACCAAGAGGUGACGAGGUUUGCGCUUUGCUACGAGCCUGAGGCCUUUGCUGCCACCUUCCCGGGCGCCGACGGCGAGGUUCUGGUAGUGCAGCAGGCCCCAUGCGGCCUUCGGGAAAACAGCUUCUCUAGACCCUGGCUCAGGCCGAAGGUGCCUGGACCAACAAUACUGCGCGCUUUUGGGUGCAGCCCGACUGGGGCAUUCCUGAACAAGCAGGCGGAGGGCCAGCGGCAGGCGCACAACGACUUCUUGAAGGCAUUCCAGGAAGAGGCUGAUGCCUGGAACAAGCACCCAAAUGCGAAGGAUGUAAAGGACUGGGCGGAAGCUUCCAUCAAAAAGUGGGUCCCGGAAAGCUGUUGCCUGGGCGCCUUGACGAUGACCAAAUGCCAUGUCCAGUGAGGAAGCAUGGCCAAUCCCGGACCCGGAAAGCGCAAUGUCGCUCUUCGGGCU